AUGCCCGUUCUACACGACGACAAAUCACCACGCAAGUUAAGCGGUAUCGUCUGGGGAAUCUGCGUCGCAGCCAUCCUGUCUUCUGUCUUCCUCUUUGCUCUUGACAAUACUAUCGUUGCUCUCGUUCAACCAAAGAUCCUUGAAAGUUUUGGCGAGAUCGAAAAGCUGCCAUGGGUAUCUGUGUCUUUCGCCCUUGGUAGCGUAGCCAUGAAUUUGCUAUGGGGAAAGCUCUUUGGCCAAUUCAAUGGCAAGAAGCUCUUUAUCGCCGCCGUCCUCCUCUUCGAAAUUGGCUCUGCCAUCUGCGGUGCUGCACCAACCAUGAACGCCUUCAUCGUUGGUCGAGCUAUAUGCGGUGUUGGCGGUACAGGAAUCUACAUGGGCGCGAUGAACUUGAUAUCUGUCAGCACAUCGACAAUUGAAAGGCCAUUAUAUCUAGGUUUCAUAGGGUUCACUUGGGGUAGUGGCACUGUUCUUGGUCCAAUUAUUGGCGGUGCCUUCUCAGACAGCUCGGCGACAUGGCGAUGGGCCUUUUACAUCAAUCUCUGCAUCGGUGCCCUCGCUGCGCCGGCCUACUUCUUCCUGUUGCCCUCCCAUGACCCGAUGCCCGGCGUUAGUGUAUCGAAGCGAGCGAGCAACAUUGAUUAUGCCGGCACCAUCCUGAUUAUUGGUGCUCAGGUAUCCGGUGUCAUGGCUAUUAGCUUUGGUGGUUCUGUAUACGCCUGGAACAGCGGGCAGAUUAUCGGGUGCUUUGUCUGUGCAAUUGUUCUUUGGAUUUUGUUCAGUCUGCAGCAAGGCUAUUCCAUUUUCACCACCCCCGAACGCCGUCUCUUUCCCGGCGACUUGGUGCGAAAUUGGGAAUUGGACAUCUUGUUUGCGCAAACAGCUGCUGCCAUCUCGUGCGCUUUUAUUCCUAUCUACUUCAUCCCGCUCUUUUUCCAGUUUGUCAGAGGCGAUAGCGCUCUCCAAGCCGGUGUUCGCCUCCUUCCAUUCGUUUUCCUCAUGGUUUUCGCGACCAUUAUGAAUGGCGCCAUCAUGAGCAAGUUCGGCUACUACAUGCCCUGGUUCCUGGGUGGUGGCAUCCUCGUUGUCAUAGGCUCUGCCCUCAUGUACACAAUCACCAUUGACUCCAGUGCCAGCCAGAUUUAUGGUUAUGGAAUUCUGAUAGGCAUCGGUGCUGGAAGUUACUCACAGGCUACGUUUUCGGUCGCACAAGCCAAGGUCCCGGCUAGCCGCGUAGCCGAAGCCACCGCUUUCAUAGGAUUUGCUCAAAUGACGGGCAUUACCCUUGCGCUUUCUAUCGCAACUUCUGUGUUCCUCAACAAGGCCGUGCAGGGCAUACAGGAGGUAGCUCCGGACACGCCGCUUGACGUGAUUCAUGGUGCUGUUCAGGGAGCUGGAAGUUCGUUUUUUGAAAGUCUCAGCAGUGCAGAUCGAAUUGCUGUGCUGCAAGCCAUCGUUCACAGUUUAAAUGACGCGUAUGUCCUAGUAAUGGCAGGAGGCGCUCUGACGGUCGUCCUGGCUAUCUGUAUGAAACGGGAACGCUUGUUCCUAGAAGCUACUGGUGGCGGUGCUUGA